AAAGGUCAAUAUUUAGGAUGGACUUUUCUUUUGCAUCCAGUUCUCGUGGAGGAUAGGUGACUGUGAGCCAACUACUCAUAAAGAGCUGUGGUGAAUUUAACUAGCAGCUUGCAAGGACCGCUGUCACGUCUGCAGAGUCAGACCAGGAACAGCCCAUGAGACAGAGAGACAGAGAGGAGUGAGGAAUAACUAUGAAAACAUAAACUCUGUGUAAAUCAGUGCAGCAAGGUCUUUUGAAGCCAUAGCUCCGUGAGCGCUUCCACUUCUCACUCGGACCAUUCUGCUCCCACCAAAUCUGCUUCUGCUGUAUCAUCCGACUCUGUCUCAACCUCGGUGGACAACUUCUCUCCAGACUUAAGGGUCCUGAGGGAGACUAAUAAAUUGGCUGAAAUGGAAGAGCCACCUCUGCUACCAGGAGAAACCAUUAAGGACAUGGCUAAGGACGUUACUUACAUCUGCCCCUUCACUGGAGCAAUCAGAGGAACCCUUACUGUUACCAAUUAUAGACUGUAUUUUAAAAGCAUGGAACGGGACCCUCCUUUUGUCCUAGAUGCAUCUUUAGGUGUAAUCAACAGAGUGGAGAAAAUUGGAGGCGCUUCCAGUCGCGGUGAGAAUUCAUACGGGCUGGAGAUUGUAUGCAAGGAUAUCAGAAACUUGCGAUUUGCUCAUAAGCCAGAGGGGAGAACUAGACGAUCCAUAUUUGAGAACCUAAUGAAAUAUGCUUUCCCAGUCUCAAAUAAUCUGCCACUUUUUGCAUUUGAGUAUAAAGAAGUUUUCCCAGAAAAUGGAUGGAAGGUGUAUGACCCCACUUGGGAGUACAGAAGACAGGGAAUUCCUAAUGAAAGCUGGAGGUUGACCAAGAUUAAUGAGCGCUAUGAGCUGUGUGAUACCUACCCUGCUAUUCUAGCUGUGCCCGUAAACAUUCCUGAUGAAGAAUUAAAGAGAGUAGCAUCUUUCAGAUCGAGAGGACGCAUACCAGUAUUGUCAUGGAUUCACCCAGAAAGUCAAGCAACAAUCACUCGCUGUAGCCAGCCGAUGGUGGGAGUGAGCGGCAAACGAAGCAAGGAAGAUGAAAAGUACCUUCAAGCCGUCAUGGAUUCUAAUGCUCAGUCCCAUAAAAUCUUCAUAUUUGAUGCAAGGCCUAGUGUGAAUGCUGUAGCAAAUAAGGCUAAAGGAGGGGGCUAUGAGAGCGAGGAUGCCUAUCAGAAUGCAGAAUUGGUGUUCCUGGACAUUCAUAAUAUUCAUGUUAUGAGAGAAUCGCUGAGAAAACUGAAAGAAAUUGUGUAUCCCAAUAUUGAGGAGACUCACUGGCUGUCUAAUUUAGAGUCAACGCACUGGCUAGAGCAUAUCAAGCUCAUUCUUGCUGGAGCCCUUCGGAUUGCUGACAAAGUGGAGUCAGGGAAGACGUCUGUGGUUGUACACUGCAGUGAUGGCUGGGACCGGACAGCCCAGCUCACCUCUCUCUCUCUGCUCAUGCUAGAUGGCUACUACCGAACUAUCAGGGGCUUUGAAGUGCUAGUGGAGAAGGAGUGGCUGAGCUUUGGCCACAGAUUUCAGCUGAGGGUUGGCCAUGGAGAUAAGAAUCAUGCAGAUGCAGAUCGCUCUCCUGUCUUCCUCCAAUUCAUUGACUGUGUCUGGCAAAUGACAAGACAGUUUCCUACAGCAUUUGAGUUCAAUGAGUACUUCCUGAUAACCAUCCUGGAUCACCUGUACAGCUGUUUGUUUGGGACCUUCCUGUGCAGCAGUGAGCAGCAGAGAGUGAAGGAGGGCCUUCCAAAAAAGACUGUUUCACUUUGGUCUUACAUCAACAGCCAACUGGAAGACUUUACUAAUCCCUUGUACGUGAGCUACUCCAACCAUGUCCUGUAUCCUGUGGCCAGCAUGCGCCACCUUGAGCUGUGGGUUGGCUACUACAUCCGCUGGAACCCCCGGAUGAAACCGCAGGAACCCGUCCACAGUCGCUACAAGGAGCUUCUUGCCAAGCGAGCUGAGCUGCAGAAGAAAGUAGAGGAGCUGCAGAGAGAAAUCACCAACCGUUCCACCUCAUCCUCAGAGAGAGCUGGCUCUCCCGCACAGUGUGUUGCUCCUGUACAGACAGUUGUAUAAUAUAGACGUUUUUAUUUUGCCGAGUACCUUCCCAGGACUGUGGGUGCAGCUUUUCUGGAACCCUCUGGAUUUCCAGCAUGGUGCCUGGGAGAUGCCAACUUAUUUAUUUAUUUCUCUCCAGGGUAAUUUAUUAGUACUGUAGCACUAGAGGAAGCUUAAGCAAAAACAAACAAACAAACAAACAAGCCCCCUAUGCAAUUAACCUUCUCAGUGGCUAGAUUAUAAUACAAGCGAAUUGCACUUGCCACCUAAAAGAACCCUAGAGCUCUUUCUUUGUUCACUUAUGUGCUGGAAAUCACUUGGCUUUAAAGAGAGACCACGCACCACAUCUACUCCAAAGCUGGAAAAAAAAAAUCUGUUUCCUGAAAGGAACUACUGACUUUGUGGUGGAGCCUAGAAUACAGGUGUAAAAUCGUGAACCCUCUGCUGUUAAUGUCUGCAUAGCAGUGUUAACGACAGUGUUUGCCAACUUAAGAGACAAGCAGGGACAGAAUCUGAAGCAUAUCCCUGUUGUCCCUUUUCCCUUUGCUUUGAUCGAAGCCAUGUAAACGAUGCCUUAUUUAAACAAAGGGCAGCUUCUACCAAUCAAACAUGGUGAUAGAGUGUCAACCUACAUGACUUGACUUAACUUUGGAAGACGUUUACUUCCACCUCUGCAACUUUAGUCUCGUUUAUGGUUUACAUUGGGUGUGCCAGGAUGCAAUUUAAGCACCUUUAUUUCUGAGAGGGGAAGCAGAGCAUGGCUCCCCUGGGCUUUCUGCAGCUCCUCUGUCCUCCAGUGCCUCAUACUCACCAGGGGAAAGGCAGUGGAAUACCAAGGGGCACGUGUGAACUGCUGGGAUCAGUCAUUUCAUUUUGCUUGGAUAAGCGUAAUUAGUGAUUUUAAUGCUUCUUCUGUGCAGGAUCAUAGUGGCGUACAUAUGGUAUUUCAGUUUUCUGUUAAUUAAUGGAAGUGACUGUGUAUUGACCAAAGAAGCCUUUUUGCCUGCAUUGCAACUGUUACUUCAGGUUAUUCUGGUAGACUGAACAGCUUAGCUAGUUUAAGCCAUGUGUUUAGGUCUUUAUCCUCAUAGCAUACUUCAAGAAUACUUCAUACUUCAAGUGUCCCCUCACACGAGUCCAAAUUCAAUUUCUAUAUGAAAUUUUACUGUAGAAGCAGAGACAAAAGACACACUUGGUGAAUCUACGACUGCCCCAUUGCUCAUAGUAUGGGCUUGUAGAAAAUAGGGCUUACAGCAAAGGAGGUUGUGUGGGUGCAAGGAUCUUUACUCCAGGCUGCUUCUCAUCUCCUGCUAAUAGAGGGGCCAGGCUUGGUCUGGGAUCCCAUGCUGUGGCCGCCUCUGUGACACAGCCACAGGCACACUGCUUCACUCAGCCUCUCAGCCACAACAGGGAGGUGUUUUCUGAGAGGGUAGAAGAGUGGACCAAUUUAUAAGUAGAAAUUGUCUUUCAAAAGCCACAUUCCUUCCGAGGCAGGAACACUACAUUCCCCCUGCAGCCUCCAUUUCCGCCUGCCCUGCUGCAGACAGUGGCUCUACAUACAGAGAAAUCCACAGCCACCUUCUGACAGAACACAUACCAGGCCGUGCAGCAUCACUGCAUUUGUUACAGAGUAGCCCCAGACUACAUCAUGGAAUAGUGCAAAGAAACCACAAAAAAUACCUUCUGAAUGACUUGGAUUUGCUUUAAGGUUAAAGGGCAGAUCUGCUUUUAUGUACAAUCACUAUGUAGGAAGGUUCCUGGCAUUAUUCUCUAUUAACAAAUUGACUAUGUGUGUGUAUUUUGUUUCUUGAAGGCUGUUUGGUUUCCUUAACACUA